UUCAUUUGAUUCAGCUCUUUUUCAGAUUACUGACAAACAAUAACAACAAAGUUCUGGGAAUAAUGGGAGGUUUGCGCAAACUAAUGUCAAUGUGCUGCUGGUCUGAAAGUGAUGAUUCAGACCAUGCACUACCAUCAGACCGCUUCAAGACCACACCCCUCGAGGUAAAGUGUGUAUUCGGCGCCCCCCUUGAUUAUCUGAAGAGACGGGGACACAUGAGGCAGGGCGUCCCUGUGGUGCUGUUCCAGAUGGUGGAGUUUUUGGAACAAUAUGGUCUCCAUCAGAGGAAGUUAUUCCGUGCCAGUGGAUCAGAGGCACGGUGCGAUGAGUUGAAGAAAAGGCUGAAUGGUGGUGAGUUUGAGUGUUUUGGCAGUGAUGAUGUCCAUGCCGUGGCUUCUCUGCUGGUUCUCUUCCUGAGAGAACUGCCUAAUGGACUCAUCCCAUGGUGGAGUGCCAAAUGGCUCUUGAGUGUCUAUACAAAAACCAGAGGCAAGGUUUUGGACCUCAAGCGUGCGAAGAGGGUCCUGGAGAGUUUUGCACCUGAAAUCUUCAACAUCCUGUGCUUGCUUAUUCACUUCCUGUCUCGUGUAGCUGCUCGUAGUCAUAACAACCACAUGACUUCAGCAGACUUGUCUGAAAUUUUUGGACCAUGCAUCUUCGCUGUUCGUGACAGCUGCAUCAAACAAGUGGAAGAACAGCUGUGUAUUUAUCUGACACAGCAGCUGAUAGACAAUGUCACGUACCUGCUUCCGAACACGUACCCUCCCAGAUACACCAGUGCCACGCUGUCCACCGGCGACUGUCCUCCUUCACCCUCUCCUGCCUCUCGGAGUAUGGGAGCAGCUCACAGGACACUGUUAUCUGGCUUCAGCUGUCUCUCUGUUAUUUGGUGAAACACCUACUUCACAAGGACAUUCAAAGCAGGACUGGACAACAAACAGGAGCGCAGAAAAAUGACCUCCAGGACAUGACAAAAAUAAAUAAAUGAA